AUGGCCCCAUCUCUACCUGUCGGAUUCGACGACAUCCAAACUGCACAGUCAAAAAGGGAUAGACUGGUGAAUAUUAUCGCCGUUGUAGUUGAUGCCCUUGCGCCAAAACCUUCCGGGGGAUCUUCAUAUGUAUCAACCUUCACUCUCAAAGAUAGUGACUUCUCCUCAGCGGCCUGGAACGGUCUCAAAAUCCGCUACUUUAACAACAAUGAGACGCAUGUACCGGCCCCCCAGCGUGGGGAUGUCGUUCUUUUGCGACAGAUUAGGAUACGGACAUAUCAAGCCGCGACUGUUGGGCUCUGCACGCAGAAUGAUUUUGUUCCCUGGGUUAUUUUCCAAAAAGCACCGAAUCCCAGGCUCUCUCCCACAGAUAUCUAUGCACCCCAAUACUCAAAAGCUUACUGCUACCGAGAAAUCAUAUGCCUUUGCCCUGAUCGGUGCUGA